AUGGUGGGCUUUAUGAAGGUGGGUCCCAAGUCCUUGGAGCUUCAACUUCCCGGAUGCAUCCGGUGGCUUCAAAAGAUCAAUCCCUCUGCGGUGGUUUAUUGCCCCAUGCUGAACCAAGAUGCUGGCUAUGCAUCGCAUGUUCUUCAACUUCCAAGUGUGGCACUCCUGACCACCGCAGGCCCAGGGAGCAUGGCCUUGGCUAUGCAAUUCUUCCUGGCAGGUCAAGAUCCCAAGGAGGUCGUGGAGCAGGCACGUGCCCAUGAGCCUGUGCUACAGAGCAUCCGCCACAUCAAAGAUACCUACGGCAUUGAACUGGAUAUCUUUAGUGGCUUGGAGACCUUCGGUUACCUUCCAAUCCUGAAAAAGGCGGAUCUGGUGAUGAUGACGACCACUGAAGAUCUUCAAGACCCAGCAUCACUAGAGCUCAUGGAACGCUAUGAGAAGGACGGUGUAAGCUUCGUGGGUGUUGGACCUUUGUUGGACCAGAAGGGUGCCAGACGUGCAGCUGGACACAAAUUUGAGCACGAAGCUUCAUCCAAGCCAUCCACGCAGAAGGUUGACAUUCUCAAGCAAGUGCAUGAGGCAAAAGAGGUAGGGCGCCCGGUGAUCUUUGCAUCCAUGGGAACCGUCAUCACAGGUGACAGUGAUGAUUUUGGGUGGAAUGUGAAGCCCCAACAGUCUUCUGGACGCCAGGGCCUGACGGGAAAGCAGCUGUGCCAAUCCGCCUUCAGCGCCGUUUUUGAUGCCUUUGGCGCAGAAAAGGUUGAUGCCAAGACGCCUUUGAUCGUGCUAGCCACGGGCCCUCAGCCAGAUGCCUUGGAGAACCUCCAGAACAGCUUCAUGAAAUCCUUGUCGUUGGGAGUUCCAAUGGUGGGUUGCCCUGGGGUCGCGGAUCAGCCUGCUAAUGCUCAGAAGGCUCAAGCCAUGGGCGUGGCAUUGCAGGUUGACCGACCUGUGCCCGUUGAUGGUGAAGAAGAAGCAGCCAUGGUGCAGUACCGCAAGGACGUGACUGAGGCCUUGAGGCGGGUCUUCGAUGAACCACAAUUCCGCCAGAGGGCAACUGAGGUGAGCCAAGGCAUUAGAGAGGCCGGUGGAGUCUCACGUGCAACUGAGAUUUUGUUGGACGUGGCCCACAUGGUGAAGUCAGGCCCGAGCUUGCCCAAGUUGUUGGGUCAUCACGAUGACCUAAGGAAGUCCAUGAAA